AUGCCAUCAUUAUAUCCGUAUACUGUCACCAAUAGUCAGAAAGGGGGAUUCUUCAUGCGUACCUACAAUCGAAAUGUUCGUCGCGCUUGGGAUGGAGACGAUUACCAUCUGCCGAAACGUCAGAAGCUGGAAGAGCCAAAGCGCGUGUCGCGACCACCAAAUAACGAGAACCGUAUAUACCUCGAGGUCGAGGACAGUCUAGAACGCGCCAUCAGAGAGACAAGUGUUGCCGCACUAUCAUCGUCGCCUUCACGCAAGAACAGUACAGUCUUUUCCUACGAAGCUGGAGAUCUACACGAACCCGUCACGCUCACACCACCAUCAUCACCACCACCGAUGCUCGAAAUCACACCACCAGUUCACAAGCAGCGGAAGCCAACAUUUUCCGCGCUCGAGAAGAAGAGGCAGAAAGAAAACCUCAAGAAUGCAAAACGGAAACGUGAAGAAGAGGAUAUUGGGAUGCGCGAUGCUUCGGAGCCACUUUCGGAGAUCAUGAAUUCUAGCAAUCGUGCAGUCGCACCGUUGCCGCAAUGUACAAACGCAUUCCAGCCUGUGCAACCUCCAUUACGAACGACACCAAGCCAGCCGAAGCUCCUCACGCAAAGUGUACUCGAUUUUGGUCAAUCAAACACGCCAGUGACGUGUAAUCAAUGUCAAAUGUCCUAUACUCCAUCGGUGCCUGAAGACGCGAAAUUGCAUGAUAUGUAUCACAAUCGACACAAGGCAGGCAUUGAGCUCGACAAAGCUUUUAUGAAAUCAGCCAUGAAAUGGUGCUAUGAAGUACCUAAUAUUGCGGGAAGUGUGGUCGUUGUAGACAGGAAGAUCUCGUUACCAGCCAGACGAACCGUCCAGAAGGUGUUGGAAGUCGUCAAUAAAGAGCUGGGAAGCGUUGAGAUUCCUGAGAACGAGUUGUGGGGUCAAAAAGUGCUUGAAGGCGAAGCAGAAGAUUCUAAGAAAGUUGACUGCUACAAAGUCUUCCUCCAUGUCAUCGACGGCAAGUGCGUGGCUAUUUGCCUGGCCGAACGCAUAUCAAGGGCGUACAAGGUCAACUCGAUACAUCUACCUCCUGCCGAAGAUGUUCAGAACCAUGUCAACGUGGAAAAGCGGAACGCUGACAUCCGCGAGGACUCGACGCUACUAACACCCACGUCUGCUACUCCACCACAUCAUCACUUCCCAUCUUCGGCGGAUCUUCAGCUGGACUCCACUGCUUCGAAAGUAGUAGUCGGUGUAUCGCGAAUAUGGACCUCCGAGACGUCUAGGAAGAAAGGCAUCGCAAAUAACCUUCUGGACUGUGUUUUGACACAAUUUAUUUAUGGAUUGGAUAUUGAAAAGGAGGAGGUGGCAUUCAGCCAACCUACUGACAUGGGAGCUGCUCUAGCCAGGAGCUGGUUUGGCAGUGAAACAGGUUGGAACGUGUACAAGGAGGCAUAA